GACACUUCCGGCUAACGGACGGUCCAUCUGCAGCUGGCCCUCCUGGCUGACGCGUAGGCCCAGGAUCGUCGAGCAUGGACGAACACAGCCUGGAGGAGUUCCGCCGGCGCUGGCAGGAGGAGCUGGCGCAGUCGCAGGCUCUGAGGCGGCGGCGGAGACUCGAGGCUGGGGAACGGCGGGCGCGGAGGCCCGAGGCGGGGGCGCGUGGCGAGCCGGCCUCGGGUUACCUGGCGCUGGCGCAGGGUCUGCUAGAGGGCGCGGGCCGACCCCCGGCGUCUAGGCCCGGCCGGGCCGACAGGAGGGAUGCGUCCAGCCGCUCUCGUUCACCCCCGGACCGCGAAGCCGCGGAGCCCGAGCCGCUGGUGGACCAGCUCAUCCGAGACUUGGACGAGAUGGAUGAGGUACCCUUCUUUGAUGUCCAGCUGCCUUAUGAACUGGCAAUCAAUAUAUUUCAGUAUCUGAACAGAAGAGAACUGGGGCGCUGCGCUCAGGUGAGCAAGACAUGGAAGGUGAUUGCUGAAGAUGAGGUGCUGUGGUACCGGCUGUGCCAGCAGGAGGGGCACCUUCCCCGGAACAGAAUCUCUGAUUACUCCUGUUGGAAGCUCAUCUUGCAAGAGUGCCUCGCCAAGGAACACACGUUAAGAACCAACUGGAAGAAUCGCAAAGGCGCUGUGAGCGAGCUGGAGCAUGUUCCCGAUGCUGUUUUGUGUGACGUGCGCUCUCAUGACGGUGUUGUCAUCGCAGGAUACACAUCAGGGGAUGUGAGGGUGUGGGACACCCGCACCUGGGACUAUGUGGCCCCCUUCCUGGAAUCUGAGUCUGAGGAAGAGGAGCCUGGAAUGCAGCCAUAUGUCUCCUUUGUGAGGAUCAAUAGCUCGGUGGCAGUGGCAGCUUACGAGGAUGGGAUUCUUAACAUUUGGGACCUAAGGACUGGCAAGUUCCCUAUCCAUCGCUUUGAGCAUGAUGCAAGAAUACAGGCCCUUGCCCUCAGCCGGGAAAAGAACAUUGUGGCCACGGCUUCUGCCUUUGACGUUGUGAUGCUGCACCCUAACGAGGAGGGAUACUGGCGCAUAGCUGCAGAGUUUGAAGUUCAGAAACUGGUUGACUAUCUUGAAAUAGUUCCAGGCACUGGGAGGUACCCUGUGGCAAUAGCCACUGCUGGGGACCUGGUGUACCUGCUGAAAGCUGAGGACUCAGCCAGAACCCUCCAUUAUGUCUACGGCCAGCCUGCCACAUGUCUGGAUGUCUCAGCCAGCCAGGUUGCCUUUGGAGUGAAGAGUCUGGGAUGGGUGUACGAAGGAAAUAAGAUCCUGGUGUAUAGUCUGGAAGCAGAACGCUGCCUCUCCAAGCUGGGCAAUGCACUUGGAGACUUUACCUGUGUCAACCUCCGGGACAGCCCUCCCAAUCUCAUGGUCAGUGGCAACAUGGACAGGAGAGUGAGGCUCCAUGACCUCCGCAGCGAUAAAAUUGCACUGUCGCUGUCCGCCCAUCAACUUGGAGUGUCGGCAGUCCAGAUGGAUGACUGGAAGAUUGUCAGUGGCGGCGAGGAGGGGCUGGUGUCUGUGUGGGACUACCGCAUGAACCAGAAGCUGUGGGAGGUGCACUCCAGGCACCCUGUGCGCUACGUGGCCUUCAAUAGCCACAGCCUCAUCACUGCUAACGUGCCCUACGAGAAGGUGGUGCGCAACUCGGACCUGGACAACUUCUCCUGCCACAGGAGACACCGUGGCCUGAUUCAUGCCUAUGAGUUUGCAGUCGACAAGCUGGCCUUUCAGAGCCCUCUUCCUGCCUGCCGCUCACCCUGUGACACCAUGGCUGGGUACAGCUAUGACCUAGCAUUAUCUUUCCCCUGUGACAGUGCUUAGAGUCACUCAUGUAGACGUGGGAAGGGCCAGUUUCACAAACAUUGGAGCUAUAAGGAAGCUCUGCAGCACAGUGGACGUUUGGGGACAGUGACCACUCCUCCUGAGGCCUUGCUGCCUCUGUAGCCACCUACAGAGUUGGAGUCUGUCUUGGCUUUCCUCCUCCAUCCGGGGGCUUUGGUGAGACUCAGUUAUGACUCAGGGUUAACCUUUGCAGGGGCUCCUCCCCCUCCUCAGCCUGUCGCAGCAGUGAUACUCCACCGUCCUUCCACUCCUAGGGACACGGGGCCUUCACCUGUGUCUGUGUACUGGCUCCAAGUGGUCUCCUGACCCUAGUCCAGCCAUCCUCAGUGGUU